AUGGCCGCUCCGUGGAAGGGCGCGCUUCUGCUUCUCCUGGCGUUGCAGGCCGUCUCCUCGGCGCAGGCCUCGGACGAGGAGGAGGUGCCCGAGGGCUGGGUCCUCCUGCACGUUGUGCAGGGUCAGGUAGGAGCCGGGAACUACAGCUACCUGAGGUUAAACCACGAGGGGAAGAUCGUCCUCAGGAUGCGCAGCCUGCGGGGCGACGCGGACCUGUACGUGUCCGACAGCACCCUGCACCCCAGCUUCGACGAGUACGAGCUGCAGUCGGCCACGUGCGGCGCCGACGCCGUCUCCAUCCCCGCGCACUUCCGGCGCCCGGUGGGCAUCGGUGUCUACGGGCACCCGUCCCACCUCGAGAGCGAGUUCGAGAUGAAGGUCUACUACGACGCGACGCUCGAGCCGCAUCCAUUCGGUGAGACCGCCUACUCGGACGGUACUGAUGCGAGUCGCAAGCACGCCUAUGCCCCGGAAGACGCGUCUCAAGAAGAGGAGUCUGUGCUCUGGACGAUAUUAAUUAGUAUUUUGAAGUUGGUACUUGAGAUUCUUUUUUGA